CAGUGGAAAUAGUUUCUCACAAUUUAUCUUCUCAAAUCCUUUCUUUCAGCCAAUUCUCAAUGUGUGCCCUCCUAUCGGUGACUUACUAGGAUUGGAGAAAAUAGCAAAAACAAAUGGAGGAAACCCCAUUUUUUUUUAAAAAAAGGCAUCGAAUCCAUGGAAACACUGGGAACAUUACAAACGCUACCGACAGUAAUGCAACACGUACUCAGUAGGUGGCAGUGCGUCGUUCAAUAUACCACAUCUGGAAGUUCAACAGUUAAAGCCAUCAGGAUUAGAAAUUGCCAAUCACUGUUUUAAUCAUUUGUUUUUUGGUGCACGAAGCCUUCAAGUCAGAGACGGUUCUUUUCCUCGGCGCCCUUUCUCUUUUCUGUUGGACUUUCAGCAAUUACAGGAUGUGAUAUCGCAUGCAUCGGUUUGCAGGGGGAACGGCUCAGGUUAUGAACAGCAAAGCAGCACUUCUGUAACCCCCGCGUCCACGCAUCGGUCCCGCCACACAGUGGAGCAUUUGCUGCCCUGAUGCAACUGGCUGGAAAGGGUUGAAUGUCUCCAAUUCGGUUGGAUGACCCAUGAAUCACUGUACCCAAAGGCGGAAUGAUUGGCUGAGUAGGUUCCUGAGACUCACCGGUUGAGUGCAUAAGAGUGCAGUGUUGAGCUCCAGGAGCUCUGUGCGUGGCUGUACUGAGCGAUAGGGAGUUCGGUGUCGUGUUCGGUCAAUCCACUCAGUCCAGUCCAGUCCAGUCCAGUGCUGUCUUGAAAGCUGAUUGAUUAUUGCUCCGUGGAAGUGAUUGAUUAUUGCUCCGUGGAAGUGAUUGAUUAUUGCUCCGUGGAAGUGAUUGAUUGUUGCUCCGUGGAAGUGAUUGAUUAUUGCCGGAGACCGGUGACAGCGAUGUUCAGUUUGGAUCGCAGCCCAUCGGAGAGGCUGAACGAAACCUUUUACUCCAAAGUCCUGACUCCUGACCGCAUCCCCGAAUUCUUCAUCCCACCCCGACUCGCCUCGCACCGAGCGGUGGUCCCCGACGCCGGCGGAUCGGCUCCGGGUGUUGGACGGUCCCCUCCCGGCGGCCGGAGCGGACCGGGACUCACCGUCCAGGUGGAGAACGUGGACUCGGGAUGCGGUUACAGCGACGAGGAGAGCACCGACGCGGACCCCCUGUCCCGGGCCGCCCUCUCGCUGACCCACCUGCGCAAAGCUCAAACCUCCUACGGGUUUUGCGCGCUGUUGGAGAGCCCCCACACGAGGCGCAAGGAAUCGCUCUUCCACGGCCACCCGGUGAACCCGAGCGCCUCCCCCGUCCUCUGGAGAGGGCGAGCGAACACCUACAGCACGGGGGUCGCGACGGCCGCCCCCCUCCGGGCCAACUCCUGGGCGGUCAGAGUUUCGUCCCCCGAGAUCAGGGCCCGAUUCGGCUCCGGACACCCGGGGCUCCAGAGGAAGAGCGCCUCGGACAGUGACACCGCUUCGUCGACCGAGUCCUCCCCGUUCGGCUCCCCGCGCCUGACCAGGUCCCCGCCCGGGUCGUCCCUCUUCAAGGCGCUCGGGCAGGAAAGGCUGUUCGGGAGGACCUUCAGAAACGGAGGCAGAGCCGCUCCAGUCGGGAGCGACUCCCCUCCGCCCACCGACGAGGGGAGUUCCGCCGACACCAGUCCCGACAUCACACGCCGAAGGGCUUCGGAGGAGGUGUCGGGCUUCCCGUCCGGUCCGGCGCCCAACCUCCUCCUGGCGCCCCCGAGCGCUUUCCACCUGGACCUCGGCUGCUGCAGAGAGACCCGCGCGACCGAAAACUCGGUGCCUUUGGGCCAAAGCGGUGUCUUGAGAUUGUCCGCAGAGUACUGCCGAGAGAACCGAAGGGUACAAGUCCGACUCAUCAGCGUCGAGGGGCUGUACGCGGCGUCCAUUGAGCCCCAACACAUCCACUGCUGCGUAACCCUCUGCCUGUCGCCGGGGAAGGUCCAAAAGCAACGGAGCGCGGCCGUUCGCAAAAGCAGAAACCCCAUCUUCAACGAAGACUUCUUCUUCGACGGGGUCUCCGGCGACCAACUCUUCGAUCGAUUCUUGAAAGUGAAAGCCAUCAACAAGAUGUCCAGCGUGAAACGGGACCAUGUGCUCGGAGUGUGCGAGCUCCGCUUGGGGACGCUUCUCGCCCUGUAAAGUGGUUUGGCCCCUGGAAAUGAUUCGACUCGAUGUUUAACUUUUGUAACUUGUUUUUUUUAAUAAAACGCCUCUGAGCGGACCGGGUGCAAUCCCUCUCGUCAUUUCCA